GAGGCAUCUACAAUGUGAAGGUUUACAUACACCUUUGCCAAAUACAUUUAAACUCAGUUUUUCACAAAUCCUGACAUUUAAUCGUUGAAAACAUUCCCUGUCUUAGGUCAGUUAGGAUCACUAUUUUAUUUUAAGAAUGUGAAAUGUCAGAAUAAUACUAGAGAGAAUUAUUUAUUUCAGCUUCUAUUUCUUUCAUCAACCUUUUGGAUAGCCUUCCACAAGCUUCUCACAUAAGUUGCUGGAAUUUUGGCCCAUUCCUCCAGACAGAACUGGUGUAACUGAGACAAGUUCGUAGACCUCCUUGCUUGCACAUGCUUUUUCAGUUCUGCCUACAAAUUUUCUGUCAGAUUGAGGUUGGGGCUUUGUGAGGGCCACUCCAAUACCUUGACUUUGUUGUCCUUAAGCCAUUUUUCCACAACUUUGGAGGUAUGCUUGGGGUCAUUGUCUAUUUGGAAGACCCAUUUGCGACAAGCUUUAACUUCCUUGCUGAUGUCUUGAUGUUGCUUCAAUAUAUCCACAUACAUUUCCUUCCUCAUUAUGCCAUCUAUUUUGUGAAGUGCAGCAGACCCUCCUGCAGCAAAGCACCCCCACAACAUGAUGCUGCCACCCCCAUUCUUCACGGUUGGGAUGGUGUUCUUUGGCUUGCAAGCCUAAUGAUGGUCAUUAUGGCCAAAAACUUCAAUUUUGGUUUCAUCAGACCAGGGUAAAUUUCUCCAAAAAGUAAUAUAUUUGUCCCCAUGUGCAUUUCAUACUGUAGUCUGGCUUUUUUUUGUGGUUUUGGAGCAGUGGUUUCUUACUUGCUGAGCAGCCUUUCAGGUUAUGUCGAUAUAGGACUCGUUUUACUGUGGAUAUAAAUACAUGUCUACCUAUUUCCUCCAGCAUCUUCACAUCUACAGGUACACCUCCAAUUCAGUACACCUCCUAUCAGAAGCUAAUUGUCUAAAGGCUUGACAUCAUUUUCUGGAAUUUUCCAAGCUGAUUAAAGGCACCGUUAACUUAUUGAAUGUAAACUUCUGACCUACUGGAAUUGUGAUAUAGUCAAUUAAAACAAUCUGUCUGUAAACAAUUGUUGGAAAAAUUACUCGUGUCGUGCACAAAGUAGAUGUCCUAAACGACUUGCCAAAACUGUAGUUUGCUAAUAUUAAAUCUGUGGAGUGGUUAAAAAAAUGUGUUUUAACGACUUCAACCUAAGUGUAUGUAAACUUCUGACUGUAUUUCUCAAACUAGAGACUCUGAUGUACUUAUCCUCUUGUUUAGUUCAGGGUUUCCGCAGGGUCUUAAGAAGUCUGAAAAAGUCUAAAAUUUCAAAAUCAAAUUUUUGGCCUUAAAAAGUCUUAAAUUCGCUUAAGUAUUGUGUUCUAGGUCUUAAAUACUUUUAAACAGGUCUUAAUUUUCCUAUGUCCAUGUAACGCUACCCCUAAUGCUCAUUGAAAUGCUCCCGCAGCGCUUUAGAAUUUAUUUUUAAAAAAAAAUUAAAAAAAAAUUUUUUUGAUUCCGUGGUGUUGUAGUUCUUUCUUUCGCUAGUCAAAAUAUAAUUAGCUGUAUUACGACUACAAAUGAGACCAACAUGCAACUUAUAUUGCAGCCAAUCAGCUUUCGUGUUAUUGGCACGAGUCUCUUUCGAAUUGUACCACAGACAUAAAACUGAUUUUAUUCUUCAGCUAUGGGGAAGUGCAAGUUUAGCGAUACUUGGCUUGGAAAAAAAUGAAUUUAGGGCUUGGUUAAAGCCAGUUGCUAACAACAUAUUUGAAGCCUACUGCUUCGUGUGCAAGAAAGCAAUUAAACUGGGAAUGUUGGGUGUACAGGCACUGGAGUCUCAUGCAAAAAGUGAGAAACAUCUAACUGCUGUGAAGGGUCUCCAGCAAACGACAGCCAUCAGCCAGUUCUGCCAAGUAUCUGGCGGCUCCACACUGCCUAGGUGAGACCCACACAGGAGCUCGGCAACUCCCGUAAGUGACCUCUGUGUCGCUUUUGGAUCAGAGCCAACACUAAGAGCGGAGGUGCUCUGGGUUCUCCACGGUGACUAGACACCAGUCCUAUAAUGCGAAUGAGGAAAUUGGGGAAUUGUUUCAGACGAUGUUUCUGGACUCUGACAUCGCUAAAUCAUUCAGGUGCGGGAAAGAUAAAACUGCCUACAUUAAGCGCUUUUGACUAGCGGAUUUUAUCAAGAGACCUAAUUUCCAAAGUGACGGAACCGUUUGUGCUGAUGUUCGACGAAAGUCUGAAUCGCACCACCAAAACGAAACAGCUGGACCUGCACGUAUGUUUUUGGGAGGGUGGGCAGGUACAGUCAAGAUACCUGGGAUCCCAGUUCAUGGGGCACGCAACAGCCGAGGACUCAAUGAAAUAUGUGAAAGUAAGUAAAUGUUUUAUUUUAGCUGUCACGUUUAUAUAUAUAUAUUUUUUUAAUUAGCAAAAGGGUGAUUAGAGUGAUCUUUUCUGUUGUAUUAAGUGGAUUGUUACCCAUUUUUCAUAUUUUCAUUUUGUUUCUACUCCAUGUUGAAUAGUAUGGUUUCUACCUCCCUUAGCUGUAACUGUGCUAGGUGGCUAUUUUGCAAGAAAUAAUUCAAUUGUAUUCAAUUAAACUUAAUUUGUAUAACACCAAUAACAGUAGGAAGGAAGAAACCUUGAGCAGAUCCAUGGCUAAAAGGAAAUGACCUAUCUGCCAAGGGCUGGAUAGUUGAGUAUUAGGACAAUUGUGUUGUACAUAAUAUAGGCCUAUACAUGCUUCCAUGGGACAUAGUAAAAAUGGAUGGACGUGGAAUAUAUACACAAUUAACAGAAAAAGGAAGGGGGCCAGCAUUCACAGUACAGUGCAUUCCUACUUAUUUCUUGGUUAAUUUUAAACAACACCAGAAAUAACAGAAUAUGUCUGAAUGAAUAUGAAUUGAAGUGUUACGUUUUUUUUGUUUUUGUUUUUUCUUCAGGAGUGUGUGGACCCCCUUGACCUAAGGAGACUGGUGUCCAUUUCAACUCUUCCAACAAGAACAUGCAGAAAGGUAUGGAGGUUCUCAUCUUGUUGCUGUGGGGAGCUGUGGACUCCACACAUUACACAAUGCUGUCAAAAGUGGCUUUUCCAUGUGGCAAGUGGAGAAACUGCUGAGAGCCAUGCACACAUUAUUCCACAAUGUGCCAGCAAGGAGAGAAGACUACACUGCUGUGACCAAGUCCACCGUCUUCCCUUUAUCAUUCUGUGGUCAUCAGUGGCUUGAAAACCAGCCUGUGAUAGAGAGGGCUCUUGAAGUUUGGCCAUCACUUACACAGUAUAUGGAUGCGGUGAGAAGAAAACAGCUCCCAAACCCUGGGACAGCAUCUUUUGACACAGUGGAGGAAGCCAUGAAGGACACUCUCAUCGUGGCCAAGUUACACUUCUCCUUGACUGCUGCCAGGCUUUUCAAUCCCUUUUUGAAGAGGUAUCAAACAGAUGAGCCAGUAAUGCCUUUCCUCAGCAAUGACCUGGCUGAGUUGAUCAAGAGUCUACUGAGACGCUUCAUUAAGAGAGAGGUCCUCCAGGACAUCACCACACUACAGCUAACCAAACUGGAUUUGGUUCCUGACAAGAAGAACUGGCUCCAACCAAAGGACAUUGACAUCGGCUUGGGUGCUGAGUCAGUCCUCAAGGGGAUGUCAUUCUCCAACAAUUUGAAGCCUUCCUGUCUGUUGAGCGCAGAAGUGAGGAGUUCCUCUCCUUCCCACCUAUGCAAAAGAGGCAUGAUGUUUUCUUGAGCAGUUUCCUUAGUAACUACCCGGAGUUUUUUGCUUUUUGCCAGAAGCUUCUGAUUUUGUCUCAUGGACAGGCCACUGUUGAGAGAGGCUUUUCUGUUAAUAAAGAAAUCGAAACCUGCAACAUGCAAGAGGACACUUUAGUAGCACAGAGGCUGGUAUGUGACUAUGUCACUCGACAGGGGGUGUUACCAAAGUCCCCCUGACAAAAGAACUCUUGAGUUCGGUGGCUUCAGCUAGGACCAGGUACCGUCUCUACCUUGAGACAGAGAGAAAGAAGAAAGAGUCCCUUGCACAGGGCCAAAAGAGAAAGGUGGCAGAGGAUUACUUGGAGGAACUCAAAAAAAGGAAGAACACUACAAACAGUUGCUGCAAGUCUUUCCAGAGAUGCAGACAAAUUUGCAGAGGAGGCUGAGGGCAAGGCUGGCAGUCAGAUGGCUCAGCUAAUAACCAAGUCAAACGCUCUGAGGAGGGUCAGCAAGGAGAAAUCAGCUGAGCUCAAGAACAUUGAGGAGGAGAUUCUGGCCAAGGGAGAAGAGCUGAGAUUAAUGUAGUGCGCGCACACACACACACACACACACACACACACUCAUGUGUCCGCAAACUCACGCCAAGAUGUUUGUAUGUAUUUUUCUGUAGUUCAACAAUCCAUGUAACCUGUCUUCAGUACUAUGUUAAAUUUGAAUAAAUUAAUUUACUUUGCGAGUAAUUUUGUGACUCUGCAUUUCCUUUGUAUGUUUUUUAUUUAUUUAUUUAUUAUGUCGUGAUAUAGGUCUUAAAUUUCGUUCAUAAUGGUCUUAAAAAGGUCUUAAAAAGUCUUACAUUUGUCUUGGUGAAACCUGCAGAAACCCUGUUAGUUGUACAUCUGGCCUUCCACAUCUCGUUCUGUCCUUGUUAGAGCCAGUUGUCCUUUGUCUUUGAAGACUGUAGUGUACACCUUUGUAUGAAAUCUUCUGUUUUUUCGCAGUUUCAAGCAUUGUAUAGCCUUCAUUCCUCAAAACAAUGAUUGACUGAUGAGUUUCUAGAGAAAGCGGUUUCUUUUUUGCCAUUUUUGACCUAAUAUUGACCUUAAUACAUGCCAGUCUAUUGCAUACUGUGGCAACUCAAAAACAAACACAAAGACAAUGUUAAGCUUCAUUUAACGAACCAAAUAGCUUUCAACUUUGUUUGACAUAAUGGCAAGUGAUUUUCUAGUACCAAAUUAGCAAUUUAGCAUGAUUACUCAAGGAUAAGGUGUUGGAGUGAUGGCUGCUGGAAAUGGGGCCUGUCUAGAUUUGAUCAAAAAUGACUUUUUUCAAAUAGUGAUGGUGCUGUUUUUUUUACAUCUGUAAUGUCCUGACUAUAUUUUGUGAUCAGUUGAAUGCCACUUUGGUGAAUUAAAGUACCAAUUUCCUUCAGAAACAG